AUGAACUCGAUUGAAUCGGAAGACCCAGAAGAAAUUGCAAACUUCCCGACGGAGUUUCUUGACACCCUAAAGGUGUCAGGGAUACCUCCUCACGUUUUGGAACUGAAAGUCGGUGCCAUCAUCAUUCUUCUUAAGAACAUCGACUCGCGUCAAGGGCUCUGCAAUGGAACACGCUUGAUCAUCAAAAGUCUUAGGGACAACCUCAUUCAUGCAACAAUAGCAGCUGGGAAAAAUAAGGGCCACAAUGUCUUCAUCCCACGAAUGAAUAUGUCACCGAGUGAUUGUGAUCUUCCCUUCAAGCUAAUCAGGAACCAAUUUCCUGUGCUUUUGGCUUUCGCAAUUACCAUCAACAAGUCACAAGGACAGACGUUCGAUAAGGUUGGUAUCCUUCUUCCUGAACCUGUCUUCAGCCAUGGACAAUUAUAUGUUGCAUUUUCCCGCGCUACUUCUCGCCCAGGAGUAAAGGUCCUAUGGACGGUAGGACCAAAGCAAGGGAAAAUGCUGAAAGACGAAAGAGUUUUUACACAAAACAUUGUGUUCAAAGAAGCUCUUUCGUAA